UUUGUUAACAAAUAUUAUGUUUUAGACAGAAUGAGGUUUAGGUUUUGUGGCGGAUUAGAUUGCCCUGAUUGGGUUUUGGCAGAAAUUAACACCUUAGCUCGACUAACUUCCGUUAAAAUGAAACUUCUCGUUUCACAAGUCUUGAAAUCCAUGAACGAAGGAAAACUGGAUUUUGAAAAAGUUGAAAAAAUAACUUUGGAUGCGAAGCUUGGGGUUGGGGGGGUGAAGGCCAGUGUUGCGGGGUUGGAAUUUAUUUUAUCGAGCGCAACAAAACAUGAUAUUGGUUGGGAAACACUGCUUGAUGAGUUGCAACAGCUUGGAUUGCCGAAGGAACACUCUGUGGCGUUAUGUAAGUCGUUCGAGCGUAACGUGGAAAGUUUACGAGAAAAGUUUUUGGAGAGAAGUUUGCGGCGAAGUGGUCGGGUUGUCGGAGUGGAUUGGAAGAUUAACCCUGGGGUCGGGGGGUCAAGGGUCGUCGAUGUUCGGGUGUCGAUGGGGUCAGGGGUCGUUAGCUUUGCUGUGGAAGAAUCAAAGUUGAAACAAUUACUCGACGAGCUCAAGCAAGUCCAAACCCAGAUUGAACAAAUUGAAAUCUAAAUCAUUAUUUUGUGCAAUAUGUUUAUUAUUAUUCAUUAUAUUUUAUUAAUUGUUUAUUUAGAUGGUAAGACUUAAACAUAGAUAUUAUUUAGUUAACAUUAUAUUUGAUGAUGAUUGUCUCGGCCACCGAAUUGGGCACAAAGUUUUGUACGACGCCAUUAAUUCCCUGCUUGAAGAUUUCUAUGGUGAUAAUGGUGUGGCUUGCAUUCAAUCAAAUCUCAGCGUGAAAUAUUUGAACAUUUACACGAAUUUAAUUUUGAUUCGAGUUCGGCGGCAAUUUCAUAAAAUGUUGGGAUCAGUGUUGCCAUUUAUAAAGUCGGUAAAAUGUGACUUGCUUGGAAAGGAUAAGAAACUUGGGAGGAUUGUUGAUUGUUUGGUCAACACCGUACAUGUGAGCGGGACGAUCAGGUCGGCACAAAAAUUCAUCAUUAAGUUCAACAAAAA